AUGUUGGGAUUGACACUUGUAAUUCUCCUCCUAACAGAUUUGAUCGAAUUCCCAUAUGCCAAUUCUGCAAUCUCGCCACCCAAAAAUUUACUAUUAACAAACCUUUCAUCAAAAUACACAGGCCCAGACCCAUUUAGGGAUCUGUUUAAAGCGUACAAGAAGUGGGAUUCUCAAGUCGGCUGUGAUCGAUUCAGAGAAAAGCACAAAGAGGGUUUGGGAAAUGGGUCAAUAUCCUUGCAAGAUUUUGAGGGUGAAUUUCAGUGUAGUAAGUUGAAGAUGAAGCAUGUGUGUGUUUUGGUCAAAGGGUGGACUUGGAUUCCUGAUAAUUUGGAUAAUUUGUAUAGUUGUAGAUGUGGGUUGAGCUGUUUGUGGACCAAAUCUUCUGUUCUUGCUGAUAAACCUGAUGCCCUUCUGUUUGAGACCACGACUCCUCCUCUUCAGAGGAGUGAUGGUGAUCCACUUCGUGUAUACAUGGAUCUGGAAGCCGGCAGGAAGAGAUCAGGCUACGAGGACAUUUUUAUUAGUUAUCAUGCUAAAGAUGAUGUCCAGUCAACAUAUGCUGGGGCACUCUUCCACAACAACCGAAAUUAUCAUUUAUCUUCCACCAAGAACAAUGGUACUCUAGUUUAUUGGUCCUCAUCGCGAUGUCUUCCUCAAAGAAAUCAACUUGCCAAAAGCCUACUCAAAUUGUUACCGCACCACUCAUUUGGCAAAUGCUUGAACAAUGUUGGAGGCGUCAACCAGGCACUGUCCUUCUAUCCUGAUUGUGUGACGGACAGCAAUGAAGAACCUAAGUGGUGGGAUCAUAUACAUUGUGCCAUGUCCCAUUAUAAGUUUGUGCUUGCAAUUGAGAACACAGCAACAGAGAGUUACGUGACAGAAAAAUUAUUUUAUGCUCUUGAUUCUGGAGCAGUUCCCAUAUAUUUUGGUGCCCCUAAUGUUUGGGACUUUGUACCUCCACAUUCGAUCAUAGAUGGGGCAAAAUUCUCUUCCAUGGAGGAACUGGCUUCUUUCAUCAAGGCCUUAGCUAAUGAUCCUGUUGCUUAUGCGGAGUAUCAUGCAUGGAGGAGAUGCGGGGUUUUAGUGAUACCCUUUACUUCUUCCACCGCCACAGCCACAACUUCCCUAACCCUUGAAACCACAUCUUCCUCCAAUCAACAACAACCACAGCCAAUUACGGAAACCCUAGUUUUGAAAUUGAAGCCGCCUAAGAAGAAGGUGUCGUGGAAGGAAGGCACGGUGGACAACGAGUUCAUGAACAGGAAGAGUUCCAAGAAAUGCUGCAUUUUCCACAAGGAAAAGCCAUUCGACGAGGACGAUUCGGAUGAGGAUGAUGAUCACAAACAUAGUCAUGAUGUUGGUGAUAGGAAUUGUUGCCAUGGCCACGGGGAGGACACUACAGGGCAGUGA